CGCCCCCCCUCGCCCCUCCCCGCCUCCGGCCUUCAUCCUGUAGUUUCCUUUCCUGGCCAUCCGAAUGCUUGCGACAGUGCUUGGCUGGCGAUCGCCAGGCAUUGCCCCCACCCUGGUCCGGUCGCUGGUUUGCCGACGCCCUGUUCACUCCUCGGCCGCCUGCACAUCGGCCCAUCCGCAGCCUGUGGCACCCGGGCCGGAGCUGGACCCGGGCGCAGUGCCGCCUGGGCCAGCGCUCUCGAUUGGGCGUGAUCUUUCGCUGGACUUUCGGUCUUUCAUCCGCAGCAUUGCAUCUCCGGUGACCGUUGUAUCGGCAGCUGAUGCUUUGGGAAAUGUUCACGGCGCCACGGUGUCCUCCUUUAUGUCCAUAUCGCUGGAGCCGCCGAUCAUCUCCUUCUCCUUGAGUGAUCGACCUGCCGAGCGCCCGCCCAGUGACUUCCCGCUGGAGAUGGUUGAUGCCGACCGGGUUCGGGCGGCCGGCGGCCGGCUGUCGAACAUCCUCGCUUCGCUCCGACUAGCGGCCGGCCCUCCACACCAAGAAGGGCCGCCCGCUGGGGAUCAGUCGCCCUUCUUUGCCAUCAACCUCCUGGCGGCGGAUCAGGAUUCUGCCACGAUUGCCGAGCAGCUGGCCCGGCCGGCACGCGCCGGCGAGCAUCUCGACCAUGAGUGGCUGCAGGGCGUCGCCUGUCCUGGGAGUGCGCUGCGGCUUCCAGGUUACUCUUUCGCCCCGGAGGCUGAGCUUGUCCCGCUGCCUCCGUUGUUAAGGAGGUCUGCGGCCAGCCUCAUCUGCGAGCGCCUGUGCUUCGGCCAAGGGGGCACACCUGAGCCUAUGGCAGAUGACAAUUCUCGGGAGGAGAUUCUGCGCGUUGGUGACCACACUGUUUGGUUCGGUCGUGUUGUGGGAGUUGUGCGCAACUCUCCCGGCCACCCUGGCGGGGGGGAGUCCCCCGACGCCCCGGCUGGCGCUGACCAGCUGGUGGCCCUUCCUUCCGAUGCCGGCAGCCAGGCCGGUCAACCCUUCGACAACCACCUCCCCCUUGUAUACUACUCCCGCGUGUUCCAGACGACCACGCCUCUCUAGAUGUCGUCUCGCUUUUUGUUGUGCUUCCUCCCCUCUCUUGAAUGUGCCUGCAUAUUGCAUGGUAGAACCCCCACACCGGCCGGUGCGUACGCAUGUUAGAAGACCACCGGCGUCCUCAUCCUCUAGACCAAUACAUCGGCCUGCUGUUCUGCGGAGCACAUGAAGCACAUCCCCCC